CAGGAAAGCGGUGAAGUUGAGCCUCACGGGCGGCAGAUCUGUAUAUGUAUCGUUAUAUAUCCUUUUUUUUUUCCUUCUAUGGACAUCUCUGAUCCAUCUAUUUAAUCCGGCUUUCUGCGCUCUAUAUCGAGCCCGAUGCUUCAUGGUAUCAUGAUAAGGCCCUUGUUCUGAAUGGAAUUAUGGACACAAGACAAGUAAUAGAUACCUCUACGGGGCCCGGCUCUCUCUCGGUAGCUUUCAACAGUGACAGCAGCUGCUUUUCGGUUGGCCUUGACUCGGGAUUUUGUGUCUUUAAUUCCGAUCCAUGUGAGCUAAAGGUGUCAAGAGACUUCAAUGCCGGAAUCGGGGUUGUGGAGAUGCUUGGCCAGUCCAACUACCUAGCCCUCGUCGGAGGUGGGCGCAGGCCUAAGUUCCCUCAGAACAAGUUGAUCAUCUGGGACGACGCGAAGCAAAAGGCGGCCAUUACGCUGGAGUUUCGCACUUCUGUCCUGCGAGUCCGCCUUACCAGAUCGCGUGUUGUUGUUGCUUUACACAAUAGCGUCCAUGUUUUUGCAUUUUCCGUUCCGCCACAGAAACUCUCCGUUUUUGAAACGGUAGAUAACCCCCUGGGACUACUAUGCUUAGGCCAGCAACUUCUCGCUUUCCCUGGUCGAUCGCCUGGCCAAGUCCAAGUGGUAGAACUCGAGACUGGAAAUGUUAGCAUUAUUCCGGCGCACAGCUCUCCGCUGAGAGCGCUAACUUUAAGCUCUGAUGGAGCUUUACUGGCCACUGCGAGCGAAACAGGAACACUCAUCCGUGUAUUUGCAACAAGCAACUGUGCCAAGAUAGCAGAAUUACGGAGAGGAUUGGAGCAUGCGGACAUAUUUUCAUUGGGCAUAUCGCCAUCUAACACACUACUUGCUGUUACAUCAGACAAAUCUACCCUGCAUGUUUUUGAUCUACCGCACGCUCGUAAUCCUUCCCCAAACAGUCAGCCACCACAAGUCACAGGGGAAGAGGCAUUAUACAAUAAAUGGGGAUUCCUAGGAAAGAUACCCCUACUUCCGCGACUGUUCUCUGACGUAUAUUCAUUCGCCAGUGCCCCUUUUGAAAUUGGCGACGAGACCCCUCCGGGCACGGGAUAUAUUCCGCAGCUGGGUUCUUCCUUUAGCCGACCGCCCAAAGGGGUUAUUGGCUGGACUAGUGACGAUACAAUCUUGUUAAUAGGCGCGGGUAAAGAUGGAAGAUGGGAGAGAUUUAUAAUUCAGGAUGGUCAGGAUGGGAAGCGCGUUUGCACCAGAACUGGAUGGAAGCGGUAUUUAGGAAGUUGAAGCCGCUAUUUCCACCCUGCAGCUGGGAUUUUCUUUCCGAUAAUUCUCAACUGCACCAGAUGCUAGCAUUUAACGAACGGGAUUUUCCACUCGACCCCGUUUUCAAUAUACUACCACCCGGGAGACACUUGGGUGGAAUGAAGGAAAUUGUCUGCCAACGUGACCAUCGAUUGCGCGGAGGGAAUAUUGCAGAGCGGGAACAACAGUCCCGGUGGCCUCAUUCCACCGUAGGGUCCGAUACCGGCGGAAGCAUAGGUCUUUCGAAGAGGACGCAAGCCUUUUGCAUUCGCGCAAGAAUUCUUUGUCUGUUUUUGUUCAUCAUUCCCGACCUUGCGAUAGGGUGUUUUAUCAAUGUUUUGCCU